UUGCUAGUGUCAAUAGCGGCGCUUGGUUCCGGAACGCUGGACAGUUUCUGUCUGUUAAUUGGUUUAUGAAUUAUAUUCAUAAUACAUUAACAUAACGUGAAACAAAUCUCAUUAAUUUUAUUUUUUUGAUGAGUAUUUGUUAGCAUUGUUUUAUCUCAAAGUGUUUGACGUACAGUAAUUCUUGAGUGACAACUACCCUAUAAUCAUGGCUCCGGUUGACAAUACUGUAACGGACAGCAAGGUUGAAGGAUUCGAAUUUAUUUGCUCUCUCACUUCCAACGAUAUAAUUCCGGUCCAUAAAUACCGAUCAAAAAAUACAGGACUCACUAUAUUUAUUGCUGAAGUCGAUGGUCCUGUCGUCGGCGGUUACUUCUGUCUUGCUACUGAAGCUUUUGACGACGAUGGAUUACCUCACACCCUAGAACAUCUCAUCUUUCUUGGAAGCGAGCAGUACCCUUACAGAGGUGUGCUGGAUCUUUUGGCAAAUAGAUGUUUAGCUUCAGGUACUAAUGCUUGUACUGAUGUUGAUAAUACAUUUUAUACAAUGGAAACUGUGGGAAGUGAAGGUUUUUUGACAUUACUUCCUGUUUAUCUUGACCAUAUAUUGUAUCCAACGCUAAAGGAUUCAGCAUAUACUACAGAAAUUCAUCAUAUUACUGGAGAAGGUGAAGAUGGUGGAGUAGUCUAUUUUGAAAUGCAAGAAAGAGAAAAUGUUGGAGAGUUUCUGGUUCAUCAGGAAUUAAGACGUGCAAUUUAUCCUGGUAAAUGUGGAUAUAAAUCAAAUACUGGAGGUGCAUUAAAAAAUUUAAGGGAGAGUACCUCUAAUCAAAAAGUCAAAGAUUAUCAUCAAAAUUACUACAGACCAGAGAAUUUAUGUGUUAUAAUAACAGGGCAGGUUAAACAUGAAAAUGUAUUUAAAGCACUUUGGCCUAUUGAGGAAAAAAUUAUGAAAAUGGGUAAAAGAAGUCAGUUUGAAAGACCCUGGCAAAGUGAAAUACCUCCAUUCACUGAAAAUGUUGAACGCAAUGUUUUUUAUCCUUGCAAUGAUGAAACUAAUGGUCUAGUCUGCGUAGGAUGGAGAGGACCAUCUACUGUUUCACAUAGAAUUGAUAUGCUUGGUUGUAUGUUAUUGCUCAAGUAUUUGACGGAUACAUCAGCAAGUCCACUACAAAAAGAAUUUGUUGAGAUUGAAGGGUCUUUUGCUAGUGAUGUGAAAUUUUCAUUAUCAGAAAAUUCGGAAUCUUUGUUGUACAUUAUAUUCCAGAAUGUACCAAAAACAAAAAUUCCUAAAAUUUCUUCAAAACUUAUGAACUUUUUGAAAGACAUUUAUAAAAAAGGAAUAGAUAUGCAAAGAAUGGAAACAGUUGUUAACAGACACAUUCUGGAAACAUUAAGUAAUUUAGAAAGUAGCCCACAUGAUGCAGUUGCUUAUAUGAUCAUUGGUGAUUUUUUGUUUGGAAAUGAUAAAAAUGAUUUGGAGGAUAGACUAAAUGAAAUAAAAAUAUUAAAAACAUUAACAUUGAAACCAGAAGCUUAUUGGUUGGGUUUAUUGAAAAAAUAUUUGAUUGAUGCUCCUUCUGCAGUUAUGAAAGGUAUUCCAAGUGUUAUAAAAUUACAAGAACUUUCAGAGGCAGAGCAAAACAGAGUUGAAGAAGUAAAAACAAAGCUAGGUCCAGAAGGCUUAAGUUUGAAAGAAAAGGAACUUGAUGAAGCAGUGCUUGAAAACGAUACAGCUAUUCCUGAUGAAAUAAUAUCAUCGGUACCAAUACCAGACACUGAAUCCAUAAAAUUUCAUCAGUUGACAAGUUAUGUUACCAAUGGUGAGCAACAUCCAAAAUUCAAUGUGGAUAAACUGCCUUUUUUCACUUACUUAGAUAAUAUCAACACAAAUUUUGUAUAUAUGUUUGUUGUCAUGGACACAUCUGAUAUUACUUUGGACAAAAAACCUUAUUUACCUGUUCUCUUAGAAUCAUUGUUGGAGAGCCCAGUUCUAAGAGAUGGCGUUUUAAUACCCUAUGAAACUAUAGUUUCAGAAUUAGAAAUGGAUACCAUUGCAGUUAGUACCAGAUUAGGAGUCGAAGAGUCAUCAAGAUUUUCAUGUGGCUCUUAUAGUCAGAGUGCCAUUUUAGUACUACAGGUUGAAGUUGAUAAAUACGAUAAAGGUGUGAAAUGGAUUAACGAUCUGUUAUAUAAUACUCGACUAACUGCGGAAAGAUUGAAAAUUAUAUCAACAAAAAUAAUUAAUGAUGUAGCUCAAAUGAAGCGUAAGGGUAAAAAGUUGGUUGAUGAUCUUUUAAAAAGUUUGAUUUAUAAAAAAGAAAGCAAUCAUUAUAAUGUCAGUAUGCUUCGUCAGCAGCAAUUUCUCACCAAAAUGUUGGAAAAAUUAGGCGACGAUAGUGAAAAAGAAAAAGUUUUAGAAGAGUUAGAAUCAGUGAAGAAUAUUUUAACAAAUCCUAAAAAUAUGGUUUUAUUCUUAACUGCACAAGUUGAUAGACUUUUACAACACGUUACUGAUCCAUAUAAGUCAUGGAGUAAUUUUUCAAACACUGAUUCGUCAUUAAAACAAAAACUGCAUGUAGUUCCUGAAUACACUCUGAUGAAAACUCCCGAAGAAAUGGAAUGCAAUGGGUGCGUAACUGGAAUCGGCUGCGUAGAAUCUGCAUUUCUUUCUCAAUGUGCUCCUAGUAUUAAUAGUUACCUAGAUCCAGAUUCAGCUCCACUAUUAGUAUGCUUGCAAUACUUUACACAAUUGGAGGGUCCAUUGUGGAAAACUAUUAGAGGUCUAGGAUAUGCCUACAGUUACGAUAUUUUUGUGAAACCAAAUCAGGGUCUUAUUUACUUAACUUAUUUUGGAUCAACAAACAUAAUAGCAGCUUACAGAGAAACUAAAAAAGUUAUUUUUAACUCUUUAGCUGAAAAUAAACAAGAUAAAUGGGACGAGUUGCUUUUUCAAUCUGCUAAAUCUUCUUUAAUAUACGAAAUAGUUCAGAGAGAAAAAAGCGUAGGUGAUAUGGUACUGAAGUCUGUUUUGUCUCACUUCAAAAAUAUACCUCAAGAUUUCAAUCGUCAAAUGAUUCGAAACAUUUCUUCAGUUAAUAUAAAAGAUAUGCACAGAAUAGCAUCCACAUACUUAAAACCAUUAUUUGACCCAAAUGUCUGUAAAACAACGGUAAUAUGCCAUCCAACCAAAGCUGCAGAAGUAGUCAAGGCUUUCAAAAAUCACAAUCAUGACUUGAAACUGUUCGAUACUCUUGAAGAAACUUGGCUGAAUUCUUGGUAAACUGUUGGGGAGUUUUCCUGUUACAAGUGUUAUUCAGUUAAUGUUUUCUUUCUUUUACAAAUGACCAAGCAAAUAAAAAUUAUUUUGUGAUGCAA